CAAAAAAGCUUGGUUGUGAAAAGAGAAAGAGAGCAAAGUUAUUAUAUUAGAUAAUUAGAUUGGACGUAUUUAUGAAAUGUCAUAAUUCAUUUAGAAAGUAAUUCAUGGUAUUUUCUUCUGGACAACUUAUAUUAUUCUCCAUUACUGCAUUGUACUUUUAAACGACACAUGUUGUGGAAUAAAAACAAAGAAGGCCUCAUCAUAUACAGUUUCAGGGAAUAAAUUGAUAGAAAUUGUGCUAAUAAAAAAGGGGACAAGAUUUGCGUUAAUAAAAAAAGGGACAAAAUUUAAAGAAUAGUAGUAGAUUCCUUAUAAAAUGUCAUUACAGAAAGGUGCUCAUUCCAUAUCAGAUUCAGAUUCUGAUGAAACAAUAGAACCCGAUCCAUGGGAUAAAAAUUCUCCAGAUUUAUUUGACAGCGCCAGUGAAGAUGACAAAAAAAAAGCCCUGAUCCCGCUACCUGAAAAACAAAAAUUGAAGACAGUUGUUAGUAGUAAUUCAAAAAAAGAAUCCCCGGUUUCCCAGAAUAAAAAACAAAAAUCAAUGACAGAUUCUGGUAAUUCUCAGGAGAUUAAAAAACAAUCCAUCAAAAAACAGAAAAGUUUACAUGAACUUUCCGACAGUGAUUCAGAAGUGGAGAGAAUUAAAGAAAAAAUAUUAAAGCUGAAAAAAAUAACAUCUUCAGGUGAAAAGGUUUUUGCGAAGCUUGUGAAUGAAGAGACAAAGAAAGAAGAAUGUAAAUAUGGGUCCAAGUGCUUCAGAAGAAAUCCCUCACAUUUAGCAGAAUAUAGUCAUCCAAAGAAUUGUUCUCCAGCUAAAAGAAAAUUAGAAGAUGUACCUGAAUAUUCUCCAAGUAAAAAAACGAAACAUGAAGUUACAGCGUCAACAUCUACUUGUAAUAAAUCCAAUAAAACCUGUCAGGAAUUGUUCCGUGAAAAUCAACCAUUUAGUUUUUUUCUAACUAAAGUAACUGGUAUAAGAAGUGAAUACAAUGAUUCAGCAGCAGUUCAUAUUAGUGAAAUAUUAUCAGAAGAUAUGGGAAAUUUAGUGGAAUCUUGUCAGUUUAAUUAUAUGUAUAAUAUUGAUUGGUUAGUUCAGCAAUAUCCUAAAUCUUUUAGGUCUAAGCCGUUACUAUUGGUUCAUGGUGAACAAAGAACAAGUCAAGCUAAUUUACAACUUGAUGCUUCAAAAUAUCCAAAUAUAAAGUUAUGUCAGGCAAGACUUGAUAUAAUGUAUGGUACACAUCACACUAAAAUGAUGUUAUUGCUUUAUGAUACUGGAUUAAGAGUUGUUAUAACUACAGCUAAUGCUAUAGAAGGUGAUUGGUAUCAGAAAACACAAGGUGUUUGGAUAAGUCCUGUAUUUCCCAAAUUACCAGGAGAUGGUGGAACUAAUUUAGGGGAAUCCCCAACAAAUUUUAAAAAAGACCUGAUCCAAUAUUUAACAGCUUAUAGAUCUCCUAAACUAACUCAAUGGGAAAAUCAUAUUAAGGCACAUGAUUUCUCCUCUGCUAGAGUUUUCAUUAUAGGUUCUGUACCCGGGAGACACACAGAUAGAGUAAAAGAUGCUUGGGGACACCUAAAACUACGAAAAGUUCUUCAGAAUUACGGUCCACCAUUUAAGAAUAUUAAAGAUUGGCCUGUGAUAGGACAGUUUUCAAGCAUUGGGUCUUUAGGGCCAACAGAAGAUAGCUGGGUGUGUGGAGAAUGGUUAAAGUCAUUAACGGCAGCUAAAGGAAUCGGUCUCACGUCUAGCUUGUCCAGUAAACUACAACUGAUAUUUCCAUCAGUAGACAAUGUAAGAAUUAGUUUAGAAGGUUAUGGUGCUGGUGGUUCUAUACCAUACAGUAUACACACAGCUCAAAAACAGAAAUAUAUACACCAAUAUUUCAGACAAUGGAAAUCUGAAGGUAGAGGAAGAAGUCGUGCUGCUCCUCAUAUUAAAACAUACGUUAGACCAAAUCCCGAGUUUAAUGAAGCUGCUUGGUUCUUAGUUACAAGUGCUAAUUUGUCUAAAGCUGCAUGGGGUGCCUUAGAGAAGCAAGGAAGUCAGUUAAUGAUACGGUCAUAUGAAAUUGGUGUACUAUUUUUACCACAAUAUUUUAAUGAUGAAGAAACAUUUCCAAUUACAUCUGACGUAAGAAAAUCCUUAAAUCAGAAAAAAGCAACUUUUCCUUUACCCUAUGACCUGCCACCAUCUAGAUAUGAAAAGGGAGAUCGACCCUGGAUGUGGGAUGUUCCCUGUGUUCAUCUGCCUGAUACAAAUGGAAAAAAAUAUUGUCCACCAAUGAAAUGACGAGAAAUAAAUUUAGAAGAAUAUCACAAAUAUAAUCUGAUAUUAAAUAAAUAAUAUUUUAACAUAUAGACUGAUUCUAAACUGGUGCUUACA